UCCCACAAGAAUCAUUCUUCAACCACCUGCCUUGAGGCUUUGGUCUUUGUUUCCAGAUAAGGACUUUUAAAAGAAAAGAAACAGGCACUCACAAUGAGAGGGGGCGUGCUGUUCUUCGCCGCGCUCCAUGCCACACUUCUUGCUUCAGCACAAGUUACAGCUCAGAAAAGGGGGAGAACAAUCUGCACCAAUGUUUACUUGGCUGACAUUGUAUUCCUGGUGGAUGGAUCCUCUAGCAUUGGAAGAGCAAACUUCCGCAUGGUCCGGUCUUUCAUGGAAGGGCUGGUUGUUCCUUUUGUCAAUGUCGUGGGUGAGAAUGGGGUGCGCUUUGGAGCUGUACAGUAUAGUGAUGAUCCCAAAACGGAGUUCACAUUCUCCAAGUUCCUCAAUGGCACGGACGUGAUGAGGGCUGUCCGAGAGAUGGCCUACAAAGGUGGAAAUACGCGCACGGGUGCAGGUCUCCGUUAUGUGGCAGACAAUUUCUUUGGAUCCAAUCAGCUGCGGCCUGAUGUUCCAAAGAUAUGCAUCCUCAUAACAGAUGGAAAGUCUCAGGACGAGGUUGAGCAGGCAGCACUGAAACUGAAGAGUCAAGGGAUUAAAGUCUUUGCUGUGGGUGUGAAGAAUGCAGACCGCAAAGAGAUUGACAGAGUGGCCUCCACGCCCACAGAAGAUUAUUCCUUCUAUGUUGAAGAUUUUAAAAUUCUGGCAUCUCUGCUGCCAUUGGUGUCCCGGAAGGUGUGUGCCAGCACAGGCGGCAUCCUACAGACUCCAGGCACACAAGCAUAUGUUGGCCCUUCAAACCUGGUCUUUUUGGAGCAAGGUACAGACAUGCUGAGAAUCCGCUGGACUGCAGCUGGUGGUCCUGUCACAGGCUAUAAAGUUCAGUAUGUGCCUCUUACAGGCCUGGGGCAACAAAUCGUGGCUGAAAGGCAGGAGGUUAAUUUGGGACCUGGUGAAACGAGUACUGUGCUCCGUGGUUUGAGGGCAGGGACAGAUUACCAAGUCACAGUUAUUGCCCAGUAUACCAACAUCAUUGGAGAAUCAGUUUCCGGCAGAGGACGUACUCAGACCCUUUCUGGAGUGACAAAUUUUCGGGUGUUAGAAGCAGGACCAUCCUUCCUUCGACUCUCCUGGACAGCUGAUCUGGGUGCCAUACAGGGCUACAGACUCACUUAUGCAGCCAGAGGUGAGGCUCAGGCUGAAGAGGUGAAUCUUGGACCCAGAGCUACAUCAUUCUUGCUCAGCAACCUUCGCCCGAACACUGACUAUGUGAUCACACUCUAUCCCAUCUCCCCACGGCAGACAAUAGCACCUGCUGUGGUUAGUGGCCGAACAUUGAGUCUGUCAGGAGUGCAACAACUGUCUGCCCAGAACAUCUCCUCCCAGGGCAUGCUGGUGACCUGGCGGGGUGUGAGUGGAGCAACAGCAUAUCGUAUUACUUGGGGACUCCUCUCAGGUCAGGAUAUUCAGACAGCUGAUGUGGAUCCCAGCAAGAAUUCUUAUUUAUUGACUGGCCUGCAGCCCAACACUGAUUACCUCGUGACUGUUGCUCCAGUCUAUGGCCAAGUGGAAGGGCCCAAGGCAUCCAUUAGAAGGAGAACUGAAAUAAUCCAGAUUUUGAGGACAGUCAGUGUUGACCCAACAUCAAUUCAGGUGGCUUGGAAUAUCAUCCCUAAUGCCCGGGGAUAUCGGCUGGAGUGGAGAAAAGCAACAGGUGUGGAACCCCCCAAGACUGUGUCCCUGCCUACCAAUGAGAACAGUUAUACUUUGACAGGCCUGCAACCAGGCACUGAAUAUUAUAUCACCCUCUACACUUUGUAUGAUGGCAAGGAAGUGGCCACACCAGUUACCAUCUCACAGACAGAGAUGGCAUCAGUGGGCAGUGUCUCUGACUUAAGGAUCCUUGAGACCUCAGGAAACAGAGUCCGAUUGACAUGGACGGGUGUCCCAGGAGCCACAGGAUAUAAGAUUGUGCUACGCAAUACCCAGGAUGGCACUGAGAAGGUUCGGCGUAUCCCAGGCUCACAGACAACCGAGGACCUGAUUGAUCUAAGAGAAGAUGUCUCCUAUGUGGUGCGUGUAUCAGCUCUAAUUGGCAAUCGUGAGGGCAGUGCUGUUCCUCUCAACAUCCGAAUCCGGCCAUCAUUCAUAGGCAGUGUGUCUAACCUGCGCAUGGUGCCAGUGGGGCCAGGCCGUGUCCGGUUGUUGUGGACUCCCAUCCCCAGGGCUACUGCUUACAGACUAUUGAUUGUCAACACCCAAGAUGGCUCUGAGGAGAUCAGACAAAUCCCUGGUGACCAAAAUUUUUUUGAACUUCAAGACCUGAAGGAUGGCAUCACAUACCUGGUGCGAAUAACAACACUGUCAGGCAGCCAAGAGAGCACACCAGCCACCCUUACUUUCCAAGUGGAACCUGCAUCUGUGGGCCCCAUCACCAAUGUGGAGGCAACUGCAGUAGGACCCAAUCAACUGCGAGUGACAUGGAAUCCAGUUGCUGGCGCAACAGGCUAUAAGGUGACAUGGCGGCCAAGAGAUGGCCAGGAGAUCUCACGAGUCCUGCCUGCUGAUAUAAACUCCUACACUAUUGAGGGUCUGAGGCCUGGAGUGGUCUAUAUCAUUGGGGUCUCAGCCUUGGUUGGCAGCAGAGAAGGGAAUCCAAUCACCACUACAGCUACAACAGCUUCUGGUCAAGUGGGUAUGGUCACCAGCCUUAGAGUCCUUGAAUCCAGGAACAAUGUCAUACGAGUCACGUGGGUUGGUGUGCCUGGGGCUACAGCGUACAGAGUGGUGUGGAGCCGGCGUGAUGGUGGACCUGAAAACACUGAAUUGGUCUCGGGAAACACCAAUUCUUUUGACUUGCUUAACCUGGAAGGAGGAGUUAGCUACACAGUGAAGGUCACAGCACUGAUUGGCAACCGUGAAGGAGACCCUGUGUCCAUCAUUGUCACCACACCAACAGUCCCAGUUCAGCCAGUUGGGAAUCUACGUGUGAUUGAUUCUUCAGGAAGACGGAUCCGAAUAGAAUGGAGCCCAGCACCUGGUAGCACAGGCUAUCGGCUUACCUGGAGACUAGCCAGUGGCGGACCAGAGAGUAGCCAGCUGCUGCCAGCCAACAUCAACACAUACGACAUUGAAGAUUUGCAGCCAGGAGGGCAAUACGAAAUUCGUAUCACAAGCUUCACAGGCAACAGGGAGAGUGAAGCUGUGUCUAUUGUUGCCAAUACAGCUGCUGCAGGCCGUGUGACCAAUUUCCAGGUGACAGACACUCAAAAGGAUUCUGUGACAUUGACCUGGACUCCAGUUCCUGGGGUCUCUGGCUAUCUCCUCAUAUGGAAGUCUUUAAGAGAUGGGAGAGAAACACAAAGAACACUGCCUGGGUCAGCAACAUCCCAUCAAGUAUCUGGGCUGCGCUUGGGUGAGAGAUACACCUUUACUAUCCGCCCACUGUUUGGGAGCAUUACAGGUCCUGAGACUUCUCUUACUGACCGUACAGUUUGUCGAGAUGGCCGCAGUGACAUUGUUUUUCUUGUACAUACAACUCGAGACACUGCCUACAAUGCAGAGGCUGUGAAAAGCUUUUUGUCCAACACUGUAUCUUCUCUGGGCCAACUGGGCCCUGGAGCCCACCAGGUAGGCAUUGUGGUUUACAGCAACAGAGGCCUCCCAUUUCUUCUGCUCAACCGCUCUAGUGACUUGGCAACUGUCCUGCAGAAUAUCCGCUCUUUACGCUAUGAGGAGCCAAGUGGCAAUGCUGUUGGAGCAGCUAUUAAUUUUGCCAAGAACUACAUGCUCAGUCCAAGUGCAGGGCGCAGAACUGGUGUACCAGGAACCUUGGUGAUAAUGACAGAUGGGCCGUCUGGUGAUGAUGCCAUUGGACCAUCUAGAGAGGUUAAGGCUGCAGGGAUCCAGGUGCUGGCAGUGGGCAUGGAUGGGGCCAAUCGUGAGCAGCUGCGCCAGCUGGUAACCAGUGAAGAUCCACGCAAUGUUUUCUUUGUGAGAGACUCAAAGAGUUUGCCAGAGGUGGAAGAGGGGCUUGCCAGUGCCCUCUGCAGGUUAUCAGUCACAGAAGGGCCUAGACCAGAGCCAUGUACAGUACAGUGUCCCAGGGGUGAAAAAGGCGAGCCUGGUGAGAUUGGACAGAAAGGACGCAUGGGACUUCCCGGAACUCCUGGAAAUCCGGGACGCAAUGGGCUCCCAGGUCCUCCAGGCCCAGUGGGACCUCGGGGGCCUCCAGGUGAUGUCACUGAUCGGCGGGGUGAGAAGGGAGACAGGGGAUUCCCAGGAACAGAUGGAUCACCAGGAAAUCCUGGUCGACCUGGCAAUCCUGGUCCUCCUGGUCAACAAGGUGGCCCUGGCCUUCCUGGUCUCAGAGGAAUCCCAGGAGAACGUGGACUAAUUGGCCCAAUUGGCCCAAAGGGAGAGAAGGGUGAGCCGGGAGAUCCUGGAGAGGUUGUCGGUGGAGGAGGCGGGGUUCCUGGCCGGAAGGGAGAGCCUGGCAACCCAGGUAAUCCUGGACCUCCUGGAAAUCCAGGGCCUAGGGGACCAUUUGGUGAUCCUGGCCCCCCUGGACCUGUGGGACCUGCUGGGCCAACAGGGCCUGCUGGCGAGUUUGUCAAGGGAGAGAAGGGCGAGCGAGGUGAGCGAGGCCCUCCUGGAUCAGGUGAUGGGGCUGCGGUCAGAGGAGAACCAGGCACCCCAGGUUUGCCUGGAGAUCCUGGGCCCAGAGGAUCUCCUGGUCCCCCAGGGCAGAAGGGUGACAAGGGGGAAGGAGAAGAAGGGUUUCCUGGGCCACCUGGACGUGCUGGAGAUCCAGGAGAUCGGGGGCCUAGAGGACCUCCAGGUGAACAAGGAAACAAGGGAGACCGUGGGCAACCUGGUGAGAUUGGACCAUCAGGAGAGAAGGGAGAACGUGGAUCACCUGGCCCUGAAGGAGAGAAGGGAGAACAAGGACCUGCUGGCCGCCCUGGUCCAGCAGGCAGAGAUGGCUUGUCAGGACCUCCUGGGCCUCGAGGGGAAAGGGGAGAGCAAGGAGAGCCUGGUGUGCCUGGGAAACCAGGUAGCAGUCUUUCAGGAAUCAAAGGAGAUAAGGGGGAGACAGGCUCUGCAGGACCAGAGGGGCUGCCUGGUCCAAGAGGGGACACUGGAAACAAAGGAGAACGUGGACCUCCAGGAUUCAGUGCCCCUGGCCCACCUGGUCCAAAAGGAGAACAAGGGGACAGGGGCAUCGUUGGACUAACUGGUAAAACUGGCUCAAAGGGUGACCCAGGAGAACCCGGGGAGAGGGGAGAGCCAGGAAGACCAGGGCCUGCUGGACAGACUGGCCCACGAGGAAAAGAGGGUGAAAGAGGUGACAAGGGAGAGGAAGGAACCUCAGGUGAGCCAGGUCCAGCUGGUAAACCAGGAGACAGAGGACUACGGGGUCUACCAGGGAACCGAGGGCUCCCUGGUGAGAAGGGGGACCAGGGGGACCCAGGUGAAGAUGGGAGAAACGGCAGUCCUGGGUCAAAGGGAGACCGAGGAGAUCCUGGGCCACCAGGACCUCCAGGCCAAACAAUUGGUGCAGGAGGUGCAGGAGGAGCGCAGAAAGGCGAGAAGGGGGAGCCAGGAGACCCUGGAGAAGAUGGGAUGAAAGGUGUGAAAGGAGAGGCUGGUUUACCUGGGCUGACAGGAGAACGAGGACUUGAAGGUUCCAGAGGCCUCCCUGGAAUUCGUGGUGACCCCGGAGAUCGAGGCCCAGUAGGAGAGAAGGGUGACCGAGGUCCUCCAGGUUUAGAUGGUCGGAAUGGAUUAGAUGGAAAGCCUGGGCAAACGGGUCCUGCAGGCCAAAGGGGUGACCCAGGAAAGCAGGGUGAACCUGGUCGAGAUGGUCUCCCAGGUCUACGUGGUGAGCAGGGUCCUCCUGGAGCAACUGGUCCCCCAGGACCACCAGGGCUGCCUGGAAAGCCUGGUGAUGAUGGCAAACCUGGCCUGAAUGGAAAGAAUGGUGAAGAUGGAACACCUGGAGAAGAUGGGAGGAAGGGGGACAAAGGUGAUCCAGGGGCACCUGGCAGAGAUGGACGGGAAGGUAUUAAAGGAGAGCGAGGGACUAUUGGACCUCCUGGGCCCUCAGGGCCUCCGGGUGUCCCUGGUGUCCCUGGACUCGUUGGUCCACCAGGCCAGAGUUUACCAGGUCUCCCUGGGACAUCUGGACCAAAGGGAGACAGAGGGGAGUCUGGAUCUAAAGGAGAGAAGGGGAUAAUGGGUGAGCCUGGGCCACGAGGAGACCCUGGCACAGCACAGAAUGUUGAGCGUGCCUUAGAAAUCUACGGUAUCAAGAUUUCUUCACUGCGAGAGAUCACUGGUGCUUAUGAUGGGAGUUCUGACCAAUUCCUGCCUGUCCCUGAUCGCCGGAGAUUCUUCAAGGGUGACAGAGGAGAUCCAGGUGAAAGAGGACCACCAGGCAAAGAGGGACUUAUUGGCUUCCCUGGAGAAAGGGGUCUGAAGGGGGAUAAGGGAGACCAAGGCCCACCAGGCCCACAAGGCCCAACAGGACGAGCCAUUGGAGAGCGGGGACCAGAAGGACAACCCGGCCAGCCAGGGGAGCCUGGGAAACCAGGAAUUCCAGGUGUGCCAGGCCGUGUGGGAGAACUUGGAGAGGCUGGCAGGCCUGGAGAGAAGGGUGAUCGUGGUGAAAAAGGUGGACAGGGAGAGCCAGGCAGAGAUGGCUCACCUGGGCCACCAGGGCCACCAGGACCCAAGAUAGAUGUAACAGAUGGAAGCCUCCCAGGCUUUCCAGGAGAACGUGGCCCACCAGGACCCAAGGGAAGCAAGGGAGAGCCAGGAGAAGAUGGCGAGAGAGGCUCUAGAGGCGAUAAGGGUGAAACUGGCCAGAAGGGAGAAAGAGGUGAAGCUGGUGACAAAGGCAGGGAUGGCUCUCCAGGACUUCCAGGAGACAGGGGCCUUCCAGGCCCAGAAGGGAAAGCUGGCUUGCCAGGCUUCCCUGGAGUUCUGGGCAGACCGGGUAACCAAGGAGAUCCUGGACCACCAGGCCCUCCUGGUCCUGUUGGCCCUCCAGGCACUCAAGGUCUACCUGGAAAAAAGGGAGAUGCUGGAGAACCUGGUUCCAGCAUUCGGGGCUUACCAGGUCCUCAAGGGAAUGUUGGACUCCCAGGAGCACCAGGAACUCCAGGGCUUGUGGGUCCACAAGGCCCUCCAGGGUUACCAGGACAAGUGGGUGAGUCUGGAAAACCAGGUAUACCAGGCAGAGAUGGAGUGCCAGGGAAAGAAGGGAAAACUGGACUGCCUGGGGAAAUGGGUAUCCGAGGACCUGUAGGACCUGCUGGCCCCAAAGGAGAACCUGGGGAUGCUGGACCUCCGGGACAGACUGCUAUUGGGCCUCCAGGCAUAAAAGGCGAGAAGGGUGAACCAGGUGAUUUUGAUGGAGAAAUUUUUGGAAAACCGGGUGCCAAAGGUGAUCGAGGUCUACCUGGCCCUCGAGGAGAGAAGGGUGAACCUGGCAAUCAGGGGGAACCUGGAGAUCCCGGAGAAGAUGGAGCUAAAGGAUCUUCUGGAAUCAAAGGAGAAAAGGGUUCACUUGGGAUUGGCCUUGAAGGACCCCCUGGUCAGACUGGACCUCCAGGCUUGAAGGGAGAUCCUGGGUCACCUGGACCACCAGGACCCUCAGGUGUGCCAGGUGUGGCUGGGACUCCAGGCCAGCCAGGCCUGAGAGGAGAGAAUGGGCUGAUUGGUCAACCAGGACCUCCAGGGGAGAGGGGUCUUAUUGGCUUCCCUGGGAGAGAUGGCACUGCAGGAUCUCCAGGACCCCCUGGACCACCAGGAUCAUCAGGUGCACAAGGCAUCCCUGGAGCGAAAGGUGACAAGGGGGACACAGGGGUUGGACAGCCAGGUGCUAGAGGAGAACGAGGAGAUCCAGGUCCACGUGGUGAAGAUGGGCGCCCAGGGCUGGAGGGAGACCGUGGUCCUGCAGGGCCUCCAGGAAACCGAGGGGAAAGAGGUGAUAAGGGAGAUGUUGGGCUCAUGGGGCCAAAAGGAGACAAAGGUGAUACUGCUAUUGUGGAAGGCCCACCAGGUGCUCGGGGGAACAAAGGCGAACCAGGAGAUCGUGGCCUGAAAGGGAUGGAAGGAGACAAAGGAGACAAAGGAGACCAGGGCAUCCCUGGAGAGAAGGGAGUAAGAGGUGAACAGGGAGAGAAAGGCUCAACAGGUUUUCCAGGUGCACGUGGUCCUGGUGGGCAAAAGGGAGAAGUUGGUGAGUCAGGGGAGCCAGGGGAGCCGGGUCUACCUGGAAAGGAUGGUAUUCCAGGAACCAGAGGGGAAAAAGGAGACAUGGGACCCAUUGGAAUGCGUGGCCCAAAGGGAGAGAGAGGAAUGAAAGGAGCCUGUGGCCAAGAUGGAGAUAAAGGUGAGAAGGGAGAGCCAGGUCUGCCAGGCCGAAUGGGAACUGCUGGAAGGAAAGGUGACCCUGGUGAGAUGGGCAUGCCUGGAACCCCAGGAAUCCCUGGAAAAGAAGGUCUCAUAGGACCCAAGGGUGACAGGGGAUUUGAUGGCCAGCAAGGACCCAAAGGAGACCAAGGAGAAAAGGGGGACAGGGGUACUCCAGGCAUUAUUGGUUCCCCGGGACCAAGAGGAAAUGAUGGACCUCCUGGGCCCCUUGGACCUCCUGGCAGCAUAGGACCAAAAGGCCCAGAAGGCAUUCAGGGGCAGAAAGGGGAGAGAGGGCCCCCAGGACAGUCAGUUGCAGGGCCACAAGGAAUUCCAGGUAUGACAGGAGAAAGAGGAGAACAGGGAAGCCCAGGGUUUGAUGGACCCAAAGGCGAGAGAGGAGAACCUGGCAUGACGGAAGAAGAGAUCCGACUCUUUGUCAGGCAGGAGAUGAGUCAGCACUGUGCUUGUGGAGGCCAGUUCUCUGCUCCUGAACGACGUCUUAUACCCAACUAUCCAUCCACCCAACCGUUCCCGUCUGUUAAUGCUCAAAUAGUCCCUGUGCUUACGUUGUCCCACACUGAGGAAGAGGAAGGGGGCCAGGUGCAAAAAAUAGUGGAGACAGGUGAGCCUGAAUAUGAGUACUUCUACACAGAGGAAGAGGAGGACUACGAAGAGGGCCUGGGAGCAGAUGGGACAGAGAGUCCUAUGCUGAGGGAUGAAGUAAAGGGCCCAAGGGCAGCUCCCAAGCAUGGACGGCAAAAGAGAGCUCCUCCUGAGGAAGGGAAUCUAUGUGCCUUGCCACUGGACGAAGGAAACUGCAGCAGAUACACACUAAAGUGGUACUAUAACCAAAGAGUAUCGGAGUGCCGGCCCUUCAUCUACAGUGGUUGUAGGGGAAAUCGCAACCGCUUCAGCUCCAAGGAGGAGUGUGAGCUUCAAUGCAAGCCACAGAGAGAUGCAGGUGGCAGAACAUAGGGUAGGAACAGAAGUGUAUAAAGUCUGCAUUGGAUUUCAAUUUUGGGAGAACUGGAGAAGCAACCAAAAGAAGAGACUCAGUCUUUUAAGCUCCCAGCCCAUUCUUAGCCUGCACAAGGUUUUAAAACACACAUACACACAGAGUAAGCAUUUGGUCUGAGGCUUACUUUGAUGCCAUAUCUAUGGUCUGCUGCAGAGUCGUGUGUUUUUGCAUGUGUGUGUGUAUGUGAGUGGGCUGCUUCAACUGAAGCAGAGAAACGGUGCUAUACUUUUUAUUAAGAAAAAGUAUUUUUGUUGCUCUUGAUUUAUUUUUUAAAUUAAGGUGAAAUUUUUAUCAAAUUUAAACAUAUCAUAACCUCUUUUUAUAUAAUAUAAAAAGACAUAUUUUAAAUUAGAGCUCUUUUAACUUAUUUGAUGAUAGCUGACUGAUGACACGUGGAAUGUAUUCUAGCCAGACCAAACUCAUUCACUUUGCAACUUGCUUUAAUUCAGGUAUAUAGACCUGUCAGGUUUUCUUCUGCAAGUGGAUUAGUACUGACUAGCUCAUCCCUACUUUUUCCCAGGGAGGCAAAAUGCUCUUCUAUUAAUGAAUAGUGACAUGACCAUGAGAACACAGAAAUCCCAUGUUACACUGUCAAAGUUAGAAUUCAGCAUUCUAUAUAGCUAUUGUUUUCAAAGCUAUCAUUGCUCUGAACAGCUAAUUUAUGUGGCAUUCAAACAGAGGCACCUUCCCAUCCCUGCUUCCUUGUAUUUUUUCCCCACUUUGCCCUCCUUGCUUAGGAGUACAUCUAUUUGCCAAGGCUGCAGAUCUGUCAGGAAUCAGAAUUUCUCACCUGGAAAUAACUAAUCAGAUAAAAACUCACUAAAUGUUUGUUAAGGACAUACCCAAAAAGAAGACAAUUCUGCUUAUAUGUAACCCAUCCUCUUUCUUCCUUAGCCUUAUAUGGAUGAUUUAAAAAAAACACAACCUGACAAUUUUAGCAACAAAUAAAGGAAUCAACAGGAACAUUUCUUUCAUCUGUUUCCCCCCAUUAACCUUAUAAAUGCAUUAAAGUUAGCAGUCAUCACCCCAUCUAGUGGCAGUAUGUUAUGUGCAAAAUAGACUUCCUUUUUCUGUUCUGAACCUAUUGUCAAAUUAUUUCAUUUUAAUCAUUCUAAUUAUUUUACUAACAUUUAUAAAGUCUCCCUUCAAACAUUCCUUUGUUUUAUUAACUAAUUAGAACCAAAUGUUUUAGUCUUUACCUUGUGGAUGGCCUUGUCAAUGCUUUGCCUGAAAAGGCAGGAGAAAAAUAUUUUGGAUGGGUGGAUGGAUCUCACGUUUCAUUGGGAAUUUUCACCCAUAAAGCUCUGAUAUCCCAUUGAAAACUGGGGUAGACAAAUGUAAACAGUCUUCCAGUUGUGAAUGCACAGUAUAUAUAAAAGCAUACUGAAACCAACCGUUUCAUUUUCCAUUUUCCCCCUAAUUUUCCAAUAAUUCCUGACACACAAUUUCCUUUUUAAAAAUUGCUGUUUCACACACAGUCAACAUUUUUUUUUCAUAACUAAUCACAUUCAGUUCAGAAUGCAUUAACAAUUAUCAUUUCUUUAAGACCAGCCCCAACUUUAGGCAGGAAAAGACACCUGCAAAAAGGAUCAGGUUUGGGGUAUCAUGAAAGAAUCACAGAUUUGUACCUGAUUAGUUUGUUACUUUUGUAUAAUUAAUGCUAGAGAUGGAAAUGGAGAGAGGAGUGAUUUUCUACCUCCUAUGCCAAAAUUAUUUGGCUGGCUUUGGGUACUAUGCAUCUUGUCCUGUGUAGGUGGGUAAUGCCAUUUCCUAAGCCACCUCAGACAAAAUGUUUCAAGCCAGCCUUGGAUUUUUUCCCCCUCCUCCUAGUGUGUAUUUCACAAUUUGCUUAUACUCAAUCUCAGCUACUCAUUGCUCACUUUCAAAUUUUGAAGCCAUUCUUCUGGAGUUCUUUCUGAUUUGCUUGAAAUUUCUAUAUACCAAUUAAUUUGAGAUCAUCUGUAAACUUUACUACCUCACUGUUUACACUGAUUCCAGGCCAUUUAUGAAAUAAUGAAAAUAGACAGGCCUGGUAUAGAUCCUUGUGAGAUCCCACUGCUUAUUUUUCCUCCAUAGUGAAAACUGUCCUUUUUAUCAUUUUCUGUAUCCUGUUCCUCAACCACUUAUUGGUACCUAAGAGGAACUUAUUUUUAAUUCCAUGGGUUUUAUCUGAGAAGAUGGGGCAAAUGACAUUGUUAAAGAAUUAGAAAAUACUAAAAUACCAUUGAGAGAUAAUUUCUUUGUAUACUUGCCACCAUAUGGAGUCAAGAGUCACAUAUCGCUGUGAAAGAGCAAGUCAAUCUAAGGGAAACAUCCUUUAAUGUAAAUAUUACUCAUCAAAAAGAAAAAAAGAGAUCAUUUGAAAAAGUUUCACCUUAAUCAGGAACACCAUGCAAUAGACUGAAAUAAUACUGUAUUGGAGGACACUACACAAAAAUCAGAGCACAUUUAUUUUUUACAAGUGGCUUCUGUGUGAAGUGCUCAUUAUGUUGGCUUUUUUAAACCUAAACCACAAUAUAGAAAUAAUCAGUGAAACGCUGAAAAUGGUGCUAUGCUUUUGUUAUGUUGCUAUCACUACUGGGCAUUUUAAAAAGCUUUGCAAUAACAUGACUUUCAACUCUGCUUUUACAUUAUUGCCUUUUCAGAACUAUUAAGCUAUCUAUCAGUCCUGCGUCUUCUUUCCCAGUCUCUCUCACUCAAACUCUGUAAAGUUUGAGAAUUUGGUGCAAAUUCUAAUCUAUCCAAUAGUUUUAAUAACCUCUGUAGAAAACUUAUGGAAAUGGAGAAGCAACUGUAUAUAUAUAUAUGACAUAUGUACUGCUGUGCAUGUAUAAAUUGUGUCAGUGAUCAAAUAUGUGAGUAUUAUCUGGUGCAGUUGCAAUAAUUAUUUGGUGCUUCCUUGGCUGGGUAAUAACCUACCAAAUAAUUCUGGAGGAAAUGGUUUAUGGAUUGUAUUCUUAGCAGGCUGCUUUAUUAAACAAACAAGUCUUAAAACAUUUUUUCUUAAAUAGGUUUAAGAUCCUGAUCUUAAUUCCUGUUGAAUUUCAACAAUACUUAUGGCUAGAGUAGGAGUCAAAUUCAGUAGUGUCUUAACAGUGAUACUGGUUUUUCACUGGAUAGCUUGAAUGGAUAUAGGUCCUGCAAUUCUUUGAACAAAUGGAAUAGAACUGUCAAUAUAAAAUUCACUUUCUAAACUGGAGAGAAAGAGUGACAUUUGAAUGGCAGUGUGUCAGUUGGACAGGUGUCUGCCUUUGUUAUAAGUAAUAAUAACCCAGCUACUGUAUAUGCUGUUCGUUCCUCACCUCUCUCUUGGAAAGGGCAUAAACAUAUGGAGUAGACCAUUUCGACUUGAUAUGACAUGGCUUAACUUUAUACUGGAAAAUGUGUCCUCUGUUAUUUUGCUGUAGCUCCUCAUCUGUCUUUCCUGGCUUUUGUGAAUUCCAGGAAAGUAGUCAUGUUUAGUCUUUUGUAAAAUCAAGUUCUCUGGCACCUGAUCAAUGAACUAAUUUACUACAGCAUGACCUUUCCUAGACUCUUAAGAGCAAAUCUCACCAGCCACUCAAUUUGUCAAGAAGCAGCACUUCCAUCCUACAGGGACUUGGCUGUGGCUCUGUCUUGUCUUUUGUCCUCUGUUUAGUAUGCUUGCUCAGAAGGCAAAAAUGUUGGCCAAACAGCAUCAUCCUUCCUUGGUAUGUGUAUGUGGUGUUUGCUGACAUCACUGUUUUAUUCUCAAGAUACUGAAUGUAGAUAUAGCUGCAGAAAUACAGUUGUUAAUUCUCUUUUUAAUGCCUCUAAUUAUGAUGUAUGGUGCAAAGCCCAUCUGUGGUAAGCGAAUAAAUGUUUGUGGUACCUCAUUCAA